UUACAGAAGCUUCAUUUAAAAACUCUUCUCUCUUCGUGUUUCUCCGUCACUCGUUUUAUUUUCUGCGCAGCUUCGACUCUUUUCUGUGUCUUUGUAAUAACUAACUCGCUCGCACCGGAUGUGACGUUUGUUUGCCGCCGCUUUUAACUUGAAACUUUCAUGACAGGUUAGCUUGUUGAGGCUAACCGGCUAAUUUACCAGUUGACAUGACACACUAGGGGGAGAGAGGGACCGGGGGGCGGUGCACCGACUCCGGUCAGAGAGUCUGACCGUUCACCGGUGCUGCGGGACCCGCUCGGACCCGCUCGGACCCGGUGUGGGAGAACCAGACACCUGGAGCAUCAUUUAAAUAUUGAUGAAGUUCAUUGUCGAGCAAAAGCUCCAACCGGAUCCGGUGACAGGAGUUAACUGACUGUCCGUCAGGGUUUCGGGAGGCGGUUGCCAUGGAGCCAGCCUGGCGACAGCAGGGCCGGGGCCGAGGCCGCGGAGGCCAGGAGGGUCAGGGCGAAAGGUCACGACCUCAGCAGAAAGAGAAGGAGAAGCCUGGAGGAGCCGCCGCAGGCGUGUGGGGGGCGGGACGGGGAGGGAGGACGGUGAAGACGGCGCCCGAGCCUCUGCGCGCCGUGUCGGUCCAGUCCAAGUUUGAGGAGAUCAGAAAGUCCAACCAGGCCGCCGCUCAGCGAUUGGCAGAGAGCCGCGUCAGCUCCUCCUCCUCCGAUGACGAUGAUGAUGAGGUGGAAGGAGAUGUCGACCGUAAGGACGGGAAGAGGGGGAAGAUCCUGGCGUCGACAUUCACCACCUACACUGAUCAGACAGGUGGCGACGACUCGGGGCUGCUCAGGACCGGUCAGUACGUCAGCGACCUGUUCCAGUCCGGAGCGCUGACCUGCCUCAUUUGCAUCGCCUCCGUCAAGAGGACGCAGGCGGUGUGGAGCUGCUCCAGCUGCUUCUCCCUCUUCCACCUGCCCUGUAUUCAGAAGUGGGCCAGAGACUCCGCCUUCCUCGUCUCCUCCGUCACCGAUGACGACUUUGGUCAGAAGCAGCAUCCGUGGCCCUGUCCGAAGUGUCGAGCUGAAUAUCCACCCAGCGCCACGCCCAACAGGUACACGUGUUACUGCGGGAAGCUGCAGGAUCCUCCAGCUGACCCCUGGUUGGUUCCUCACUCAUGUGGCUCCAUCUGUCAGAAGGAGCUCAAACCCAGCUGUGGCCACACCUGUCUGCUGCUCUGUCACCCAGGUCCCUGCCCUCCGUGUCCAAAGAUGGUGGCAGUUUCUUGCAUGUGCCACAAAGCGAAGCCCCUCCCCCGUCGCUGUAGCAACAAGGCCUGGUCGUGUCAGCAGCAGUGCAACAAGUUGUUACCCUGCAAACAACACACGUGUUCACAGACCUGCCACACAGAGUGUUCUCCAUGUCCCAGAGUCAGUGUUCAGUCGUGUGUGUGCAGUCGAGAGAAGACCGAGAGGCCAUGUGCCAGUCCUCAGUGGAACUGUCAGCAGGUGUGUGGUUCUGUCCUCUCCUGUGGGAAUCACACCUGUGAGGUCGUGUGUCACAAGGGAGUGUGUCCUCCAUGUCCCCGGUCCGUUGGCAGAUCCUGCCCCUGCGGCAAGACCAAGUCGUCUCUGCCUUGCACGGAGGAAGUUUCGCUGUGCGGCGACACGUGCGACCGCCGGCUGUCAUGUGGGAAACACACCUGUUCGAUGAGGUGUCACCGGGGGAGCUGCGAGACCUGCAGACAGGAGGUGGAGAAGGAGUGCCGCUGUGGUAAAUACAGGAGGUUGAUGCCGUGUCACAAGGAAUAUCUGUGUGAUUCCAAGUGUCCGAAGACCAGGAGCUGCCAGAGGCACCAGUGCAGGAGGAAGUGUUGCCCGGGUAACUGCCCCGCCUGCGACCAGAGCUGCGGUCGAACCCUGGGCUGUCGAAACCACAAGUGUCCCUCCGUAUGUCACCAAGGGAGCUGCUACCCGUGUCCAGAGACGGUGGACAUCACAUGCACGUGUGCUUCAACUGUCCUGGUUGUCCCGUGUGGUCGAGAGCGGAGCACCAAGCCACCUCGCUGCAAAGAGCCCUGCAGGUGUCCGUCGUCCUGCCACCACCUGACCAGGGAGGGUCACCGGUGCCACCCGGGCCCCUGCCCCCCCUGCAGGCAGCCCUGCCUGCUGCCCCUGCCCCGCUGCAGACACACCUGUCCGCUGCCCUGCCACGACCUGGUGCUGGUUAAGUCCCAGCAGGUCCAGUUAGCGGGUCCCUGGGAGCAGCCGACUGAACCUGCGUUUGUGAAGAAAGCUCUGCCCUGUGCUCCGUGUCAAGUACCGAUACCAACGGCCUGUUUCGGGGAACACGAGGUGAGCCCGGUGCCGUGUCAUCGUCGGGGUCCGUUCUCUUGCAAACGACCUUGUGGACGACCUCUGAGCUGCGGCAACCACGACUGCAGUCGGGAGUGUCACGUGGUCACCGGCGGCAACAAGUGUGAGGUGUGUGAGGAGGUCUGCGCUAAGCCCCGCCCCCCCGGCUGUCCCCACCCCUGCUCCCUCCCCUGUCACCCAGGCGACUGUCCAACCUGCCGCCAAAUGAUCCGCCAACGCUGCCACUGCAAGAUCAGCCUGCUCUAUGUGGAGUGCACGAAGUUGACGUUGGCCGAUAAACAGACGAAGGUGGAGCUGGGCUCCUGCAACAACCAGUGUCCGAAAGAGCUGAACUGUGGUCAUCGCUGUAAGCAGGUGUGUCAUCCAGGUGUGUGUGAGGAGAAAUGUCAGCAGAAGGUGAAGCUGCGGUGUCCCUGCAAGAGGAUCAAGAAGGAGUUCCCAUGCUCUCUGUCAACUCAGAGUGAUGUUCAGUGUGACGCUGCCUGCAGAGACCAGCAGAAGAAAGUCAGCCAGCUGAAGGAGGCGGAGCAGAGAGCAGCUGAGGAAGAGGAGCAGAAGAAGCUUCAGGAGGAGCUGGAGGCGUUCGAGAAGCGUCAGCAGCGCGGAGGAGGCCGCCGGAGCAAGAAGCGCGGGAGGAGGGAGGAGGUGGAGGACGAGCGCGGGCGGGCGCGGCGCUGGUGGAGGAGGUGCUCCGCCCUCGUCCUCGUCCCGCUGGGCGGAGCUCUGCUGUCCGCCGCCUACUACUACCUCAUGACCACGACCUGAACCUGCAUGUCGACGGGUCAUGUGAGCACACGGCUGCCUGAC